AUGUUUAUUGAGACAUCAUUUGGUGAAAAUGCUGGUGAAAUCAAGGAGGAGUCGCCUGGGAUUGCUCUUGAUCUUGACAUUGGAAAGUUACGCAUUUCUCCCGUGCUUUAUCAGUCCUCUUGUGUGAGAGCUGAUGAAUCACCUACAGCAAUAGUCCCUUCAGAUGCUUCAGUGGCUGAUGUUCUUAUUCCAUCCUUUGAUUCCAUCAAAUUUGCUGAGCUUUGUGAAUCGGAGAACGACAUAGCCAAUGACACUAUUACAGCUGAUGUCAUUGGUUCCAUUUUGGAAACUGACCGACCUGAAAAGAGUGCUGAUGAGGGAAAAGAUCCUCGUAGAUCUGAUUUUCAUGAUUUUCGCAGGACUGAGGAUCCAUCUAGAGAUAGGAAUGGUAAAGCUGAGGCUCUCUGUGACGAUGAUAAGCACCAAAAACCAAAUCAUCCCCUAAUUGUUUACAGAUCUUCUCGGAGGAAGAAUGUUCGUAAUACCAACAAUAAAGCAAAGCAGAAAUCCGAGCCCCAAAAUGAAUCAAGAAAUUUUAGGAAGACAGAAAAGAAAAAUUCAGCUUUCGAUUUGAAUUCCUUGAAAGUAUCUAGAAGGCAGAGGACUUUAUUUCCCAUGCGGGAAAGAUCUUCUGUUUGGGGACUGCUUAGGAAUAUAUUUCCAGAUUUUAAAGAAACUGGUGGUCAUGACCCUAAUGUUGGUAGUGAAAGAAAUCUGAGAAGAGUAAAAGGUGUGCAAGGAAAGAAGAGUGCUAUCACGACAAAAGCAAGUAAAAAAUCAGUCUGUGAUAGCUUUCCUCCAACUGGUCGCAUCACUUUAAAAAUUAAAAUAGGGAAUCAAAGCUGUGGCAUGGUUCAUGAUUUGAAUGCUUCAGAGAAAAGUGCUUCUGGUUUAUCGAAGAUUGUAGGCCAUGAGGAGGGAGAUAAAUUGAUAGCUUCCACUGAAAACAGGUGUUCAGAUCCUGGAACUUCACCAGAUUCUGAAGUUAUAAACUCUAUUCUGGAUGCUACACCUUUUGAGAAAGAUCUAAGCAGGCAAGAUGCUCCAAUGGUUCCAGUGGAGAGAAUAAGCCAGGAAUGUCUUACAAACUCUGUGCCCGAUGUUCCUGUUGUAGAUGGUUCAAGUCUUGUAUACCUGCAAAAGAAAUCCAAAAAAGGAAAGAAGAAAGAAAAGCACCACAAGUUAGGUCAUUGCUGUGUGGAAAGCAUGCUGGCUGGUGCAAAUACCACAUGUAGCGCUAAAGCACCUAUGCAACCUGAAUUUGGACUGGAAGUAGUUGAUGUGUCUUACUGUAAAUAUGCCUCUACAACUGCAUUUACAAAAAAGAAUUCGAAUACCUGUAGCAGCUUCAAAGUUCCAAACGGUCCUUCAUGCUGUUCAAACAUGAUAGACUCAAGAAUUCCUAUUUCAUCAAAAGUUUGUAGUAGUUCUGAAGUGAAUCCUUCUUAUGAGCGUGCUGUUCCAAUGGAAUCCUCAAGUCCACAUCCUGGUGACAAUUUGAUUCCUUGCAGCAAUGGGAAAAAAAUCUCUAAAUGUUCUAAGGCCAAGGGACAACACAAGAGCAAUUGUGAACCCUCGGAUAAGACCAGCAAAAAAGAGAAAAAAAAUAAAAAUAAAGGUGAUAGAAAAAAGUUAGUAAGCCGGCGUGAAAUUGGUGAGAAUUAUGACACGAAGAGUGGAGUGGAUAUCCAUCUGGCGCCAGAAACUGGAUACCCGAGUAAGGGUGUUAAUGGAUCACUAAAUAGUAUGCAAUUUAUUUCUGAUGAGCUCAAGGAACAAUAUGCUCCUCUAAGGAAUGCAUGGGUGCUUUGUGAUGACUGCCAAAAAUGGCGGAGGAUACCUGCCAUCCUUGCUGAUCAAAUUGAAGAAACAAACUGUGGAUGGACUUGCAAAGAUAACUCAGACAAAGACUUUGCUGACUGUUCAAUCCCUCAAGAGAAGUCUGAUUCUGAAAUAAAUAAAGAGCUGGAAAUAUCUGAUGCUGAUGAAGAUGCUUAUAAUGCGCUGCAGAAAUCUAUCCAAAUUCGUUCCCAAGCUGUCCAAAAGCCACCCUCUUGGUCACUUAUUAGGUCCAACUUGUUUCUGCAUCGAAGCCGGAAAACUCAGACCAUCGAUGAGGUGAUGGUCUGCCAUUGCAAACCUCCAGCUGAUGGCAGAAUGGGUUGUGGUGCUAAAUGUUUGAACCGAAUGCUCAACAUUGAGUGUGUCCGAGGAACUUGCCCAUGCGGUGAACUUUGUUCAAACCAACAGUUCCAGAAGCGCAAGUAUGCCAAAUUGAGGUGGUUCAGGUGUGGGAAGAAGGGUUUUGGUCUUCAAGCUCUUCAAGAUAUCUCUCAAGGACAGUUUCUCAUAGAGUAUGUUGGAGAGGUGCUUGAUAUGCGUGCAUAUGAAACAAGGCAGAAAGAGUAUGCUUUGCAGGGACACAGACAUUUUUACUUCAUGACGCUCAAUGGGAGUGAGGUGAUCGAUGCAUGCGCCAAAGGAAACCUUGGCCGCUUUAUAAAUCAUAGCUGUGAUCCUAAUUGCCAAACGGAAAAGUGGAUGGUGAAUGGGGAAGUUUGUGUUGGACUUUUUGCUGUCAGGGAUAUAAAAAAGGGCGAGGAGGUCACAUUUGACUACAACUAUGUCCGCGUGUUCGGUGCCGCUGCAAAAAAAUGUGUGUGCGGUUCACCCAAUUGUCGGGGCUAUAUCGGUGGUGAUCCAACGAAUUCCGAAGUUAUUGUUCAUGGCGACUCAGAUGAAGAAUUUGCAGAACCUGUUAUGACAUUGGAUGAUAGAGAAAUGAAAGAAGAUUGGAAUGACAUAAUAUCUAAUUCAUUGCUUGAUAGAGAGAAAGAAACUAUCACUGAACCUCCUGAAAAAAGAGAUGGAAGGAGAAAACAGCUUAAUGUUGUUGCUCAAUCAGAGAAUAUCUCUUCCGAAACUGUAGUUAGAAAAGUGGCAUUUAGUUCUGCUGGCAGUGACGGAUCCUUUAAUAUGUCAACUGCUCAGCAGGUAGCUGACAUUGUUCAAGAUGAUAAACCUGACGAAUCUUUUAACAAUGAUUUUGCUUCUAAAUCUAAUGCUGAUGUUGGGCUAUUGGAUGCUAAGAAAGACCAAGAAGAGUCUUUGAGUAUUUUUGAACCAGCCGUUUCAAAUGUUGAAGCCGGAGUGACCCAACUUGCGGAUGUUUCUUUACAAUCAGAGGAUUUUUUGAACAAAGCAUUAUCUUCAGCUCAGCAUACACCAAGAAAGGAGGUAACAAGCAAUGCAUUGACUAGCAAAGUGCAGCUUAGUACAACCAAAUGUAAUAGAAAGUUGAAAUAUGCUAUUUCCGGAGGAAAGGAGUUAGUGAAGCCUGGUUUUUCUGUCAAGAGUCGUUUGCCAUCUUCAAUUAAGAAAGAGAAGCCUAAAUCAAAUCCUGUGAAUGGGAAAUUGAGUGCGGAUUUGGAUAAAUUAAAUGCAGCAAAUCACAAAUCUAAAAGUUUACCGGAUAUCACCUUAAACAAUCAUGUCGAAACAGUUGAGAAGAAACUGAAUGAGUUGCUAGACACUGAGGGGGGAAUAAGUAAGCGAAAAGAUGCAUCAAGAGGUUACUUGAAGCUUCUAUUUCUAACAGCUACCUCAGGAACUAGCGGUCAUGGUGAAGCUAUACAGAGUAAUCGGGACCUCUCGAUGAUCUUGGAUGCACUCUUGAAGACCAAGUCUAGGACAGUUCUGGUUGAUAUAAUUAACAAGAAUGGUUUGCAAAUGUUGCACAACAUAAUGAAGCGAUACCGAAAGGAGUUCAACAAAACCCCAAUACUCCGCAAGCUUCUUAAGGUGCUUGAGUAUUUGGCAACAAGGGAAAUUCUUAACCUAGAGCACAUAACUGGAGGUCCACCUUGUCCUGGAGUGGAGAGUUUUCGAGAUUCAAUAUUGACGCUGACGGAUCACGGUGAUAGGCAGGUCCAUCAAAUUGCACGUAACUUCCGUGACAGAUGGAUCCCAAGACACUUAAGAAGAAAAUGUUUCACGGAGCCAGACGAUGCCAAGAUCGAAUUUCCUCACUAUUCAGGUCACGGCAGGCCACCAUCAGCUUCUUCGUCACAAGAUCACCCAAACAAUCGAAUCGAAAAAUCCGAAGAACCUAUUGCUGCAUCAUCAUCUGGUGUUGUUGACUAUCCAACCCCCAUGAAUUCUGAUAACAAUAAUAAUAAUGGAACUACCAAAACAGGAGUACGAAAACGUAAGAGUCGAUGGGACACCCCACCUCAUAAUUACAAUUCUACCCCUCCGGGCUUUUCAUCCCCGCAUAAUGACGAUUCUGCCCCUCCCGGAUUUUCGUCUCCCUGUAAGAAGCCUAAAGAUCAAGUGAAUAGUUCUUUAGCCGCUCCAUUUGGUACCAAUUUGGGAAACUUGCAGCCGAAAUUCGCAGCGAGUUUGCCUUUGUCCUACGGAAUUCCGUAUUCCAUGCUGCUGCGAUUAGGCUUGCAUGAAGCAGAAAAUAUCGUGAGCUUGAAAGUGACCCCUGGUCUGCCUUUCCACCCAUUUCCUCCAUUGCCUACGUACAAGAAAGUGGGCUCACAAACGAUGGGCCCUAAAUCUGGGUCCAUUUUCAGUGAACCUGCAGAAAGAUAUGAACGAGUUAAUAACGGUAGUGGUGAUGAUUGUGCUGCUGGUCAUUCUUCAGGGCAUAAACGUACGAUUGCCAAUGGCAUGGGCCUGCCCGAGAUGAAUUCUCCGAUUGGCCCGGAUUUCGAACGGGAUGGGAGCUCACAUAGUUUGGGAAGGAAAUUCUUUAGGCAGCAAAAGUGGAAUCAUGCUAAGGCGGCCCCGCCUUGGGUUCGGAUGAGAAACGGUCACGUGGGGAAUACGAGAAAUGGUGGGUCAGCGGGCACGGGUUUUGGGAGUGGAGCAAGUCAGUUUAGGAAUUCAUACGUUUGA